ACGUCAGCACGUUGGGAAGUCGCUGCUCGGCUCCUCCCCUUUCUGUCAUCUUUCUGGUGUGUGUGUAUCUGGUGGCGGGAGAUUCCAGCAUGGCUGUGCAGCCCAAAGAGAAGCUGUCUAUGGACAGCGGGGCCGAGAAUGGCUUCAUCAGCUUCUACCAGUCCAUGCCCGAGAAGCCCGACACCACUGUGCGGGUGUUCGAUAGGAACGACUACUACACGGUGCACGGAGGCGAUGCAAUCUUUGCCGCUAAAGAAGUUUUCAAGACCAAUGGGGUGAUCAAGUACUUGGGAUCAGGAAGCAAGAAACUGGAGAGCGUGGUGCUCAGCAAAAUGAACUUCGAGUCUGUAGUAAAGGAUCUGCUUCUGGUUCGGCAGUAUCGAGUAGAAGUUUAUAAAAAUAAAUCUGGAGGCAAAUCCUCAAAAGAGAAUGAUUGGCAGCUGGCUUUUAAGGCCUCACCGGGUAAUCUUACACAGUUUGAGGAGAUUCUGUUUGGAAACAGUGACAUGUCCACAGCCGUUGGCGUAGUUGGUAUCAAGCUGGUCAGUGCUGAAGGCCAGAGGUUGGUUGGGGUUGGUUAUGUGGACUCCACACUGAGAAAGCUAGGAGUAUGUGAAUUUCCAGAUAAUGAUCAGUUCUCUAAUCUGGAAGCUUUGUUGGUUCAGAUUGGCCCAAAGGAAUGUGUAAUGCCUGGAGGAGACACGGCUGGAGACAUGGGGAAAUUGAGGCAGAUUGUUAAGAGAGGUGGGAUUCUGAUUACAGACAGAAAGAAGGCAGAAUUCACCACAAAAGACAGUGUACAAGACCUUAAUCGUCUGCUUAAAGCAAAGAAAGGAGAGCAGGUUACAAGCGCUGCAUUACCAGAGAUGGAGAAACAGGUUGCAAUGUCGGCCUUGGCGUCAGUCAUGAAGUAUUUAGAACUGUUGUCUGACGAGUCAAACUUUGGGCAGUUUGUGAUGACCAACUUUGACCUGAGCCAGUAUAUGAAGCUAGAUAACGCAGCUGUGGGUGCGCUCAACCUUUUCCCUGGAUCUGCUGAAGAUACCAGUGGCACACAGUCAUUGGCAGGGCUUUUAAAUAAGUGCAAAACUCCUCAAGGGCAAAGACUGGUCAAUCAGUGGAUUAAACAGCCUCUUAUGGACAAGAACAGAAUUGAAGAAAGGUUGAACCUAGUUGAAGCUUUUGUGACGGACGCAGAACUAAGACAGUGCCUUCAGGAAGAUCUGCUCCGUCGCUUUCCAGAUCUUAAUCGCUUAGCGAAAAAAUUCCAGAGACAGACUGCUAACCUGCAGGAUUGCUAUAGACUUUACCAGGCUGUGAAUCAGCUUCCAGGUGUUAUACAAGCAAUUGAAAAAUAUGAAGGGACCCAUCAGAUGCUACUGCUGGCGGUAUUUGCGACACCCCUUUCUGAUCUUUCAUCAGACUUCUCAAAAUUUCAAGAAAUGAUUGAAACCACAUUGGAUAUGGAUCAGGUGGAAAAUCAUGAAUUUCUUGUUAAGGCCUCAUUCGAUCCGAACCUGACAGAAUUGAGAGAGAAGAUGAAUGAACUAGAGAAGAAUAUGCAGGCUGCACUCAAUGGUGCUGCAAGGGAGCUGGGUCUUGAUGCUGGCAAAAGCAUUAAACUGGAAUCAAACUCCCAAGUUGGCCACUUUUUCCGGGUAACAUGCAAGGAGGAAAAGGCCUUAAGGAACAAUAAGAAGUUCACUACAAUCGACAUACAGAAAAAUGGGGUCAGAUUUACUAACGGUAAACUGAGCUCACUUAGUGAAGAGUACAUGAGAAACAGAGAGGAGUAUGAGGAAGCACAGAACGCUAUUGUUAAAGAAAUUAUAAGUAUUUCUGCUGGAUAUGUGGAUCCAAUUCAGACUCUGAAUGACGUCAUUGCACAGUUGGACGCUGCGGUCAGCUUUGCCUACGUUUCUAACAGCGCACCAGUACCGUAUGUCCGGCCCGUCAUUUUGGAAAAGGGACAGGGAAAAAUUAUGCUCCAGUCGGCCAGACACCCAUGCAUUGAGAUGCAAGAUGAUGUGGCGUUCAUUCCGAAUGAUAUAACAUUUGAAAAGGAAAAGCAGAUGUUUCAUAUUAUUACUGGUCCUAACAUGGGAGGGAAAUCGACAUAUAUCCGCCAGACUGGUGUGAUUGUCCUUAUGGCUCAGAUUGGUUCCUUUGUACCCUGUGAUUCUGCAGAAAUCAGUAUAGUGGACUGCAUACUUGCACGAGUUGGGGCUGGAGACAGUCAACUGAAAGGAGUGUCAACAUUUAUGGCCGAGAUGCUAGAAACUGCCUCAAUUCUCAGAUCUGCUACAGAGAAUUCGCUGAUUAUCAUUGAUGAAUUGGGUAGAGGCACCUCCACGUAUGAUGGGUUUGGGCUGGCCUGGGCAAUCUCAGAAUAUAUUUCCACUAAGAUCAAGGCUUUUUGCAUGUUUGCUACCCAUUUUCAUGAACUAACAGCCCUGGCUGACCAAGUGCCAACAGUGAAUAAUUUGCACGUUACUGCCCUGACCACAGAAGAUACCUUAACCAUGCUGUACCGGAUAAAGAGAGGGGUUUGUGAUCAGAGCUUUGGAAUACACGUGGCAGAGCUUGCCAACUUUCCUAAACAUGUUAUUGAAACUGCAAAGGAAAAGGCACUGCAAUUAGAGGAGUUUCAGUUUGUUGGCAACCCCGAUGACUGUGACGAUGAACCAACUAGGAAGAGGCGCUGCAAAGAAAAGGAGGAAGGGGAAAAGAUAAUCCAGGAUUUCCUUUCCAGAGUAAAAGCUUUGCCUCUGACAGAAAUGUCUGAGGAAGAAAUAAAGAGCAAGCUGCAGCAGUUCAGAUCUGACGUCCUGGCCAGAAAUAACAGUUUUGUCCAUGAGGUUAUUUCCAGAACAAAACCAGGAUUGUAAAGUCUGUUUACGCUCUCUAUAAUUCCAGCUGGUUUUUCAGCUGUUUGUAUUACUGCAUUAGUAUUGUUACCUUUGGCUACUUAAAGAUAUUUACAACUAGAGAGUAUGAUGGAAUAAAAUGUUUUUCUA